AGUGCGGCUGCGCGGGCGUCUCAGGCUCUGAGGCCCGGGCGCCGCGGCUCUUUUGUUUCUCCGUUGGGGCCGAGCCCGGGCCCUACUUGGAGCCAGAGUCGGAGUCGGAGUCGGAUCCGGAUUCGGAUUAGCAGCCCGGGAAGAGUGCCGCGGCACAGGCACCGGAGGGAGCGCGACCCUCGGACCCCUCCUGGCCCGCGGGGCUGGGACCCGGCCCCGGCCUGCCCCAUGGGGCGCGCGGCCCCGGAGAUGCGCCCUUGCCCGGCCCCGCGCCCCCGGCCUCGCGCCCCCGGCCCGCCCGCCCCGGCCCGCGCCUCCGCCUGAGUCCCCCGCGCCUCGGCCCGCCACCCCCCGCCCCGCGCCCCCGGCCCGCCCGCGCCAUGGAGCCCGGCCGCGGCGGCACAGAGACCGUGGGCAAGUUCGAGUUCUCCCGCAAGGACCUGAUCGGCCACGGCGCCUUCGCGGUGGUCUUCAAGGGCCGCCACCGCGAGAAGCACGAUUUGGAGGUCGCCGUCAAGUGCAUUAACAAGAAAAACCUCGCCAAGUCUCAGACGCUGCUGGGGAAGGAAAUCAAAAUCUUGAAGGAACUGAAACAUGAAAACAUCGUGGCCCUGUACGACUUCCAGGAAAUGGCUAAUUCUGUCUACCUGGUUAUGGAGUACUGCAACGGUGGGGACCUGGCCGACUACCUGCACACCAUGCGCACGCUGAGCGAGGACACCAUCAGGCUCUUCCUGCAGCAGAUCGCGGGCGCCAUGCGGCUUCUGCACAGCAAGGGCAUCAUCCACCGCGACCUGAAGCCGCAGAACAUCCUGCUGUCCAACCCUGCCGGCCGCCGCGCCAACCCCAACAGCAUCCGCGUCAAGAUCGCUGACUUCGGCUUCGCGCGGUACCUCCAGAGCAACAUGAUGGCGGCCACACUCUGCGGCUCCCCCAUGUACAUGGCCCCCGAGGUCAUCAUGUCCCAGCACUACGACGGGAAGGCGGACCUGUGGAGCAUCGGCACCAUCGUCUACCAGUGCCUGACGGGGAAGGCGCCCUUCCAGGCCAGCAGCCCCCAGGACCUGCGCCUGUUCUACGAGAAGAACAAGACGUUGGUCCCCACCAUCCCCCGGGAGACCUCGGCCCCACUGCGGCAGCUGCUCCUGGCCCUGCUGCAGCGCAACCACAAGGACCGCAUGGACUUCGAUGAGUUUUUCCAUCACCCUUUCCUCGACGCCAGCCCCUCGGUCAGGAAAUCCCCACCUGUGCCUGUGCCCUCGUACCCAAGCUCGGGGUCCGGCAGCAGCUCCAGCAGCAGCUCCACCUCCCACCUGGCCUCCCCGCCGUCCCUGGGCGAGAUGCAGCAGCUGCAGAAGACACUGACCUCCCCGGCUGACACCGCUGGCUUCCUGCACAGCUCCCGGGACUCUGGUGGCAGCAAGGACUCCUCCUGUGACACAGACGACUUCGUCAUGGUCCCUGCGCAGUUUCCAGGUGACCUGGUGGCUGAGGCGCCCAGUGCCAAACCCCCGCCGGACAGCCUAAUGUGCAGUGGGAGUUCACUGGUGGCCUCUGCGGGCUUGGAGAGCCACGGCCGGACCCCAUCUCCAUCCCCACCCUGCAGCAGCUCCCCCAGUCCCUCAGGCCGGGCUGGCCCGUUCUCCAGCAGCAGGUGCGGCGCCUCUGUCCCCAUUCCAGUCCCCACGCAGGUGCAGAACUACCAGCGCAUUGAGCGAAACCUGCAGUCACCCACCCAGUUCCAAACACCUCGGUCCUCUGCCAUCCGCAGGUCAGGCAGCACCAGCCCCCUGGGCUUUGCAAGGGCCAGCCCCUCACCCCCUGCCCACGCUGAGCAUGGAGGCGUCCUGGCCAGGAAGAUGUCUCCGGGUGGAGGCCGGCCCUACAUGCCAUCCCCUCAAGUUGGAACCAUCCCUGAGCGGCCAGGCUGGAGCGGGACGCCCUCCCUACAGGGAGCUGAGAUGCGGGGUGGCAGGUCCCCUCGUCCAGGCUCCUCUGCACCCGAGCACUCUACCCGCACUCCUGGGCUGGGCUGCCGCCUGCACAGCGCCCCCAACCUGUCUGACUUGCACGUCGUCCGUCCCAAGCUGCCCAAACCUCCCACGGACCCCCUGGGAGCCAUGUUCAGCCCACCACAGGCCAGCCCUCCCCAGCCGUCCCACGGGCUGCAGUCCUGCCGGAACCUGCGGGGCUCACCCAAACUGCCCGACUUCCUGCAGCGAAACCCCCUGCCCCCCAUCCUGGGCUCCCCUACCAAGGCUGUGCCCUCCUUCGACUUCCCAAAGACCCCCAGCUCCCAGAACCUGCUGGCCCUCCUAGCCCGGCAGGGCGUGGUGAUGACGCCCCCUCGAAACCGGACGCUGCCCGACCUCUCUGAGGUGGGACCCUUCCACGGUCAGCCGCUGGGCCCUGGCCUGCGGCCAGGCGAGGACCCCAAGGGUCCCUUUGGCCGGUCUUUCAGCACCAGCCGCCUCACUGACCUGCUCCUUAAGGCGGCGUUUGGGACACAAGCCCCAGACCCGGGCAGCACAGAGAGCCUGCAGGAGAAGCCCAUGGAGAUCGCACCCUCAGCUGGCUUUGGAGGGAGCCUGCACCCAGGAGCCCGUGCUGGGGGCGCCAGCAGCCCCUCCCCGGUAGUCUUCACCGUGGGCUCUCCCCCGAGCGGGAGCACGCCGCCCCAGGGCCCCCGCACCAGGAUGUUCUCAGUGGGCUCCACUGGCUCUGCUGGCUCUUCUGCCCGCCACCUGGUGCCUGGGGCCUGCAGCGAGGCCCCAGCCCCUGAGCUCCCUGCUCCAGGACACGGCUGCAGCUUUGCCGACCCCAUUGCUGCGAACCUGGAGGGCGCUGUGACCUUCGAGGCCCCCGACCUCCCUGAGGAGACCCUCAUGGAGCAAGAGCACACCGAGAUCCUGCGUGGUCUGCGCUUCACGCUGCUGUUCGUGCAGCACGUCUUGGAGAUUGCAGCCCUGAAGGGCAGUGCCAGCGAGGCGGCCGGGGGCCCUGAGUACCAGCUGCAGGAGAGUGUGGUGGCCGACCAGAUCAGCCUGCUGAGCCGAGAAUGGGGCUUCGCGGAACAGCUGGUGCUGUACCUGAAGGUGGCCGAGCUACUGUCCUCCGGCCUUCAAACUGCCAUCGACCAGAUCCGGGCUGGCAAGCUCUGCCUGUCGUCCACCGUGAAGCAGGUGGUGCGCAGGCUGAAUGAGCUGUACAAGGCCAGCGUGGUGUCCUGCCAGGGCCUGAGCCUGCGGCUGCAGCGCUUCUUCCUGGACAAGCAGCGGCUCCUGGACCGCAUCCACAGCAUCACUGCCGAGAGGCUCAUCUUCAGCCAUGCUGUGCAGAUGGUGCAGUCGGCUGCCCUGGACGAGAUGUUCCAGCACCGUGAGGGCUGUGUCCCGCGCUACCACAAGGCCCUGCUGCUCCUGGAGGGGCUGCAGCACAUGCUCUCGGACCAGGCUGACAUCGAGAACGUCGCCAAGUGCAAACUGUGCAUUGAACGGAGACUCUCGGCGCUGCUGACUGGCAUCUGUGCCUGACCUUUCUGGCCUGGCUGGGCCCCCGGUCCUGCCGAGCCCUGCGGGGUGGGCUCUGUGUGCUGGCUGGACUCCUCGGGACAAGCCCAUGGCGCUGAGUGCUGGUGCUGAGCCCUGCCCCGGGCCCCACGGACAGUCAGCCUGCCGGCCUCCCUGCAGCUCACGGGGCAGAACCAACACAUCUGGAGCCACACAGCUUGGGGGUGUCUCCCAUCUUUUACAGGUGGGGAUCACAGAAUUUCUGCCCCUCCUGCUGCCUGGCACAGCAGGCGUGGGUGCCACCACCCUCUAGCCCCAGGGCAGCCCCGGAGGACAGGCAAGGGCCUGAGACUGCUGCCGACUCAAAGCCAAAGCGAGCUCCUGCUUAGGGCGGGUCAGCAGGCACUGUGCCCAGGAAGAGCCUGCGGCCUUGGCGUCCCCCAGUCUCCAGGAGCCUCUCCCUCCGAGAUACCCACCCAGCUUUGUCAAUCACCCAAGCACUUUAUGCAGAUAGAGACAGAACCUGGACCUCACCAGGGACUGCUGGGCAGCGAUUCCUGGCAGUGGCCUGGUGUUUGUACAUACACAUAUGCGGACACAUGCAAGGGCCCCCAAGCCUGAGCACCGGACCACGUUGCUGCCCAGGUCUGGACCUCAAGGGGAGAACUGGCUCCGGCGGGAGUGGGGCCCUGCGCUAGAGGCAGAGGCAGUUCUUUGUUCAAGCGUUCCUCUAGAGACCGGCAGCAGAGGCACCGUGUUCUCUCAGCCCUGGAUACGUCUUGUAAUCUUUCACACUUUAUUCCUAAAAUGUGUCUUAUUUUUAUGCAGCUCAUUUUUUCUUUAAAGAAGAAAACUUACAGGUGUUUAAGAAUUGGUUUUGGGAGGACGAGGACUGGGCCGGGUUAGAGGCAGAUGGCGCAGGGGUGUGUGGCAGGAGGGUGAGGCUGCUUUGCACACCUGUGUCAGUGGCUGUCCCCUGCCGCCCCUCCCUGUGGCAGCAGCAGGACAGGUGUGUGCCCAGCACCCUCUCCACCUGGGCCUGGGGGCAGAUGAGGGGAAUACUUCAUGCAAAGAAAAAAGUAACGUGCAAAAGCUCCCUGUCCAGCUUUGACAGUCAGUUUUGAAGUCAGCUCCUCGGCAGGGCAGGCCUGAUGACAGCCCUGUCCCUCCCUGCCUCUGCCUUGCCCAGGGCUACUGAGGGUGUCCACAGAGGGGCCUGCCUUCCGGAUUCCAGGCGGGCAUGCGCUGCAAACCCCGCCUGGGCCUCCCUUGGUCUGCCCAGCCCUCGGUCAGCCCUGCCUGAAUCAGUAGAUACUUGAACGAGUCCCCAGUCUGCGGGAGGCAGCAGUGGGGCCAUGGACCCAUGUGGGGGGUUCCAGGGUCACACGCCACAUAACAGACAAAAAUACACACACGUGUGUUUUUAUUUGCAAUACUUGAAAUAUUGCCACUGUGCUUGGACUUAGAAGAAGAAAAUCCCCGUGACUUCUUCCUCAUCACCUUGAUGGCUUUAUUCUCACCUUGUGGGGCAUGUUAGUAUUUAUUGCUUCAUGGCCGACUGGAAUCCUGAGUCCUGGGAAGCUGGCACUGCGGGGAUCUUGCCCGGCGUCCUGGUCCUCUUGCUUCCAUCGCGGCUGCGUGUGCGUGUGUCCAAGCAGGUCCUGGGCGCCUCAACUGCUGCCCCUGGUUGAAUGUUCUCUUGAUAGUGCUGGACCCUUUGUCUAUUUUAAAGCAAAUUUUGUGUGAUUUCCUGCCCUUUGCGUUAUAUUGUGUAAUAUCAAUUUAAGGAAAUAAACCUUUGGAAUUGUUGGGCUGGUGUCA